GCAGGAACCUCCGAGGCCACCUUACCACACCAGCUCCACAUCUACAACAAUCGCCCUCCAUCUCCAAACUCAACCAAAGAACAUAAACAAAUAAAGAAAGAAAGAGAAAAGAAGAAGAAAGCAAUCAAAAUGGCCAGCAGCGUCGACAUCUUCCACCAGUGGCCCCUCCACCUCGACCCCCAAUCCAAAGCGCUCUCCCUCCCCCCAUCAUCCAGCACCACCCCCUCCCAAACAGAAGCCAUAAACGAAGAGCUCCAAAACCUCAACCAGCUGCACCGAUCCCUCCUGGCCCUCGAAACCGGCACUGUGCCGCCUCCCCCGCUCCCCGUGAACCCCAAGCGCAGCGCGCAGAUCUCCAAGCUGCGCGAGUCCGCCAACACCGCCUACCGCAAGGACAACUUCGACGACGCCGCCCGCCUGUACACCUUCGCCAUCGACAUGGCGCUGGGCCGGCCCGGGUGGGAGCCCGUCACGCUCGCCCGCGAGGAGCUCGCCGGCUUGUAUGCCAACCGCGCGCAAGCUUACAUGGGUAUGCAGGCUUGGCCUGAGGGCAUGCUGGACUCGAAGUGUAGCGUGGAGAGCAAGCCUAUUGGCAAUGUGAAGGCUUGGUGGCGGGGGGGCAAGUGUCUUGCUGAGAUGGGGCGGUGGGAGGAGGCUAGGGUGUUGAUUGAGAAGGGACUGGAGGAGUUGAGUGGUUUGAUGCAGGAGAUUGAGGAGGGUUUGAAGCGGUCUAAUUAGACUCCCCUUCCCCCUUCUUCUUCUUCUUCUUCUUCUUCUUCUUCUGUCUCUGGAUGCUUGUGUUUAUGAUAUAUAUGGGUGGUGGUAUAUCUCCCACCUGUGUCUGUCUGUUUGUGUGAUUGUUUGUGGCGCUUAUUUCCUUGACCUGUUUUUUUAAAAUCCCCGUCGGCGACACCAUGUUCUGCAUUGCUUUUUGACCAUUUACUUUUUACCCUGCAGUUAGAUAUCUGCCCAUCUCUUGGUUUUUCUUGGCGUUUUGGACUGGAAUAAAUGCAUGGUUUACCCUACUCAUACCCAGGUAGCUAUCAAGUGUGGAUUCAGCCAUUCAGCGCAAACAAAAAGAGAACCAUGCCCUACGACAUUCGAGCACAGUUGUAAUAUAGUAAGAGG